UGCUAUUCGUGUUAGUCGUUUGAAAGAGAAAUGUCGUUGUUCGGUGCUGUUAGUCAACCUUCCACAGGUGUGGGGUUUUCUUUUGGAACUCCUUCUAGCACAACUACGGGUUUUGGUGCCUUUGGAGUAAGUCAACAGGGAAAUACAGCUAAUAAGCCAUUAUUUGGCACAACGAGCUUUGGUACCAAUACUGCUGCCAGCUUUGGUGCAGCAACUACAACGACUGGUUCAGUGUUUAGCUUUGGCGCAAAGACUACUGCCUCUUCUUCUUUAGGUUUUGGAUCAACAGUCACUUCAUCUGCUCCUUCUCUAGGAGCGAAUCUCACUGGUUUUGGAACAACUCAAGGACUUGGUUCUACAGCUUUUGGUCAGCCUGUAGCAGGGUUAUUUUCACAGCAGAGUAACCAGUCUGUACCCAACCAACAAGUUGCACCCUUAGCCCAGCUGGCUGUUGCUUUAUCUCAGCCUCAGAUAUAUGGUGAUGAAAGAGAUGGAAUUAUUGCCAAGUUGAACCAGGUGCAAGCUUAUUGGGGAACUGGAAAAGGGUUUUAUAACCAACAAAGUGCAGUUGACUUCACACCACAAAAUCCAUUUUGUCGCUUUAAGGUUGUAAGCUAUAGUCGCCUUCCUAUGGCCUGUAAUGAGGAUGGUCAUUUAUCUCUUGAAAUAAAGAAGAAAGAAAGUGAUGUUCGUGCUUUACAACAAGGGAUUGUAGAUGGACUUCAUAAGUGUCUAGGAAGCAAACCUACCAUUAUGGUCUGUAUCGAUGGAAUAAAACCUCUGCCAGAUGACAGGUCAGAAGUGGUAAUGUAUGUUGUUGAGAGACAUCCAAAUGGUUCCUCAAGAACUAUACCAGCCACAGAUGUCUUUUCACAUCUUAAUCAAGCCAACAUCAAGCCUCAGCUCAAUAGCCUUGGAAUUUUAAAUGUUUUACUGAAAACAAGCCUGUCCCCAUCUCAACUGCAACAAUAUCUGGACAACCCUCCUGUUGGAAUAGAUUCCUUGCUGUGGGAGCAAGCAAAAAAGGACAAUCCAGAUACUGAGAGGUUGAUUCCGGUGGCAAUCACAGGAUUUAGUGAACUAAAAAAACGUGAAAAGCUUCAAGAACAGGAAACUUUGCAGCAUCAAAAGCGGCUCUCUCUUAUACGUGAAGAGAUUGCAGAGUUACAACAUAAUCACGGCACAACAAUGGCUAAACUGGCACAAUUUAAACGAAAACACUUAGAGUUAAGUCAUCGCAUACUGGAGGUUAUGAUAAAACAGGAAUGUCUCCGGAAGAGUGGUUACUCAGUACAGGCUGACGAAGAACAGCUCAGAGUACAACUUGAAUAUCUGCAUGCGGAGUUGAAUGCACCCUCCCAAUUCAAGGCUCGUUUAAAUGAGAUGAUGUCACAGAUCCGCUUACGGCAGAGUCAAGUUGGAGAGAGACUGGCGCGAGCGGACGGCAGAUAUGUAGUGGAAGGCGCUAUUCAGGACCAACUUAAACAACAUCUUGAGCGUCAACAGUUAGGCCUGAUGCACCUUAUAACCAUCAUAAAAGAUGAUCUUCAGGAGUUGGCCACCAUAGAACGAGGACUCAGUGAGCUUCCUUCAACAAGGACAUGAUCAACACUGUUCACUUAGUGACCUUCGGGACUCGCUGACGACCUUCCUUCAACAAGCACAUAAUAGACAGUGUUGACUGCUCUUGUGAUAAGAGUACGUUAUCACAGAGAAUUUCACAUUCCUAUACAUGUUUUGUCCUCUUUGACGUAAACUAUAUGUGCUCCUUAGGCUAUACAGCGUCGUUAGGUCAAUAGUUUGGGCAAAGGCAAUUAGUAGGUAUAUUGUAUUAAGCUGCCAAUAUCUCUAAUUCCUUAGGCUUUACUAAUUGUCUGUGAGUUUAUACUCGUAUUGUGCCAUCUUUUGUAGAACAAAAACCUUGCUGCUUAAACUUUAAGAUUUGUACUCAUAUCCUUCAAAACGCUGCCGAUACCAUUAAGUUUUGCCCUCAGGCUUGAAUGCAUGUAAAUGCUAUCGUAUCAUACAGUAGAGUGUUUAGGAAAGUGCUUCUCUCACAAUCACUCUCUUAGUUUCUUCAAUUUUCUUGUGACAGCAGCAGCGUAAAGUUGUUGCUGCAGGCGCCUGUCGUCUAGUCUGUUCUUGACCCUUUUGACAUCGUACAAAUAAAGCGAUCAACUGCGUGAAUAUGUUUAUGACCAAGAGUAACUUCAAGGUCUACUGGCACCACAAGGCACUAAUCUAAAGUGCUGGCUUUUAUUUUCAUUAGUGCUUUUGAGCUAAUACAGCGCAUAUCUUGUUGAUAAAUACUCAUUUCUCUGUCAGCCCAAGGAACAUUGGCCAAUUGAACAUAGUUAUUCUCACGUAAAUUUCCAAACUGCUUUAGUUCUUUCAUCAAUAGUUGAAAGUUUCAAAUUCCUCUAAUCUGUAGUUUGUAUAUUCACUACAGAUUGGAUAAAUUACAACUCAAAUAGUCGCUGUUUAGCGACUGCAAUGGCUAGAGUCCCUUCUUCUUUUGAUUCAAAGUUUCUUCUUGAGUGAAAGAUAUUAUAUAUGCCAGCUUUAUACCAAGUGCCCUUAGUCUACAUUUGGCCAGAAGUUGUAGGAUAUAAAAUCAGAACUAAUGAGGAGAACACAGCUUUCUUUUCUUUGGAAACAAUUGAUUCAGCCGGGUUAUGCAAGCGGCGAUGCAUAGUCAGUUCAAGAAGAAAAGGCUAUUGUGUGGUCGGUAGACAAUGCUGAAGGCAAGGCCAUCUAUUUUUACUAACACACAACAGCUACUAUUUGUUUAAUGAUUUCUAUAGUAAAUUGAAGAGAAAAUACGAUAUACUGGAAUUAUUUCGAGAGUGAAAGUUCAAUAAAC